GUUUCAGCUAUGGCUGCGGAGUAUCUUCCAAUUUUUUUAAAAACAAACAGAGGCGCAAAUUAGCAUCAACUACCACUGAUAUGCUUGGUGUACUCUGCGCACGCUCUAAGCUUUCGAUUCUCACUCACUUGCACGCCUUCUCUCUCUACAACCACCGCCUAUCUCAACCUCCCGCCGCCUUCUCCUCCACCUCCUCCGCCUCUACUUUGCAGCCCCACCACUCCAGUGGCUGCGCCGCCUCAGCUGCGGCGGCGGCAUCUAUAUGGCGCGUGAUCCAGCCGUCAUCGGGGUUUAAGAACAAGAAAAGGAGGAAGACUAGGGGUGACGUUGAGAGGCUGUUACUGGCGGUGGAGCCGAGAGGUGAAGGAUCGUGGAAUGUAGCGUGGGAUGCUAGACCGGCGCGUUGGCUUCACAGGCCUGAUUCGGCGUGGUUGUUGUUCGGAGUUUGUGGUGUUGAUUGUAGGAGUGGCGUUAAUCCCGAGAUUGCUGUGAGUGAUGGAAAGGAGAGUGAUGGUGAUGAGACUUUGAGUUGUGAUGUUAGACAUGAUGAUGAUGGUUCUAAUGAUUAUAAAGUUACAGGAGUGCUUGCUGAUGGGCGGUGUCUUUUUAGAGCAAUAGCUCAUGGGGCUUGUUUGAGAAGUGGAGAAGAAGCUCCUGAUGAAAAUCGUCAAAGAGAACUUGCUGAUGAAUUAAGAGCUCAAGUGGUAAAUGAACUCUUAACGAGGCGAGAAGAAACUGAAUGGUUCAUAGAAGGAGAUUUUGAUGCAUACGUCAAGACAAUUCAACAACCUUUUGUAUGGGGUGGAGAACCUGAGUUGUUGAUGGCUUCUCAUGUUUUGAAGACAAUGAUCUCAGUCUUCAUGAUAGAUAGGACAUCAGGUAAUUUGGUAAACAUAGCAAAUUACGGUGAAGAUUAUCGAAGAGAUGAUGUGAACCCCAUUAAUGUGCUGUUUCAUAGAUAUGGUCAUUAUGAUACAUUGGAAAACUUAGGCCAGAGUUACCAGAAAGUGAAUUUGUAGAAAAUUUGAGGUGGUUCAUAUAAUAAUACACCCUUUGCAUUAGUGAAAAUAAUGCUACAGGGAGUUAUGUUUUUGGAUUUAUGUUCGAUCUCGAUAGGUUUCGAGUAGCAACCUCAAUUCAAACAAUAGGCUUGCUAAAUUUUUGUAGGUUUCAGGAUUGCUUUUACAAUAUUUGAAUUAAAUUAAUACAUCAAGUUGUAUAAUCAUUUUCCAGAUGUAGAAAAUCUUAUAUUGUUUCCCUUA